UCCUCCCUCAAGUACAAUGUGACUGAGAGCGAACGAGAGAAAGUGGAGUACGCAAACACAUUAUAUUUGGUCAUUUUAGUUUACUGCAGGUCUGAGCGAUGGCUUCUGUACGGAUUCAGCGUGGCGUGUUUGGGAUCUUCUGUCUACUUUCUACUCUGAGUAUCGCAGAUGCCAUGGAAAUGCACACCAUUCCUAAAAUCCUGACACAGUGCGGACGAAAUUUGACUCUAAACUGCGAUGUAACUGCAAAAAGCGAUUUGAACAUUAAAAAGUUUUACUGGAUGGAGAAGAAAGACAUUUGCGAGUACACGGAGGAAAACCAAACCAGCAGUGAUUUUGAAUGUAAAGGUUUAAGUUACACCAACCCCGCUGGAAGAAUCUACAACUAUUCACUGACUAUUAUCAACAUACAACCGAAGCACAAGGGGACGUACCACUGCAAGCUGCGCUCCAAUGAAGGCGUGCUCAAUGACAAGACCAUAGUACGAGUCCAAAACUGCGUCGGUAACAGCAGCAACGAUGUGUCCACCACCGACGGGUCCUGCACAUUCAAAGACGUCUACCCCGAACCGAUAAUCCACUGGAACCUGGGACACGAAAACCUCACCCACCUGGCAGUGACGAAGGUGACGGAGAACGCAGACGGACUGUUCACGGCAGUUAGCACGCUCACGCUAAAAAAGGACCCUACCAACCCGAACCAAUAUAACUGCUCCCUCUUUUUCUCCCUGGAGAAUGAGAAGAACGAGACGCAUGUCCAGUGGGCGAGAUCUCAAAGCUUCUCAGAUGGGCACAAAGUCAUCGGACAGUGGUUUGGCGUGAUGCUAGUGUUGGUUUUAGGGAUAGUACUUGUGUAGAACAAUCUAAGAAAAGAUUUGGUUUUCAGGGUACUGCUAGAUUUAAACUAUUUCAGGUGUAAAUUAAACCAAGAACUUAACCAAAUGAGGAGAAGAUGUGGAUAAAAUGACAAUAAAUAAGGUGUCCUGUAUCACUUUUUGGUAAAACAUGGCUAAAAUUUCAAAUUUCUUUAAAGGGGUGCCUCAAGGGUGCGUGUUAGGGCCACUCCUAUUUCCCACUGAUUUUCAUUAUGCCGGUCAAGACUGAUUCUGAUUCUGAUUCUGAGAUUUCUGUUGUUUGUUAGAUGUCCGUCUCCUUAUGUAAAGCGACUUUGGGUAUCUUGAAAAGAGCUACACAGGUGUAAUGUAUAGUUUUUGUUUCAGAAAUACCUUCAAUUGUGACAAUGCGACGCUUCAUUGCUCUGUCAAAAGUCUUGCUAAAAUAAGUACUGUCAUCAUUUGAUUUACUUUCCACAUAAUGUUACUGUAAUAAAAAUCAUGUCGUAAUAUUACCUGUCUAAACCGGUUUGGGCAUGGUUCCCUUAUUGCGUGUUUGUCCUGUUUUAACUAGUUUUGUUAGAAAUAUUUCCAAUUGUGAAAUUUAAGUUUGGCAAUCGAGAUUUUAUUCAUAAUUAGGGCUGUGCAAUGAAUCAUAUUUUAAUCGAGAUAAAAAUGUUGUCAUUUUUAAUUGGCAGUGAUCAGCUUGGGGCAUUUUAAUGGAACUUUUUUUUAAAAUAGUUCUUUUCAGAGUACUUUUCUAGUGUCAUACUUAACAGUACUUAAGAUAUGAUUUAGUUUUUGUUUUGUUUAGUGUCUAUUCUUUGAAAAUACCAAAUUUUGUGCAUUAUUUCAUGUUUUGUCCGUCCAAUUAUACAAACUACAAAUUAUAGAUCAGCUACAUCUCGACAGUUACUCUUUAAGUUACUGUUACUUGAGUAGUACUUCAGUUGUUCUACUACUUUGUACUUCUACUUGAGUAAUAUCAUUUUGAUGUAACGUUACUCUUACUCAAGUACAAUUUUUGGCUACUCACAUAAAACCACGUGGCACAAUGUUCAGACGUAAACUUGGAUUUUUUUUUUACGGUAAAUGGCACUGAUUAAAAUUUAGCAAAAUAAUACUAAAAUAAUUGUGAUUGAUGAAUAUUUUUUUGAACAUUUUUGGUUCUUUGACUAGACUUUUUUUUCUUUUUUUUUGCCAUAUCACCCAGGCCUUAUACUUAAAUCGACCAGAAUCAUUGUGAUGUGAAAAAUAGUAGAUAGAGAGGAGUAGAUUUUAACUUGUAUCAAGAAAACAUGGAGAUUUUUGUAAAAAGUGUGUUUUUUUUACGAAAUAAAACAAGCUCAUUUUUA